AUGUUUUCUACAGCCAUUCGCCAUAGCAACUCGAGAGUUUCUAGUUUAUGUUUAAACAAACGAUUUCUAGCAACAGCUUCUGCAUCCCCAUUACCACAUACUGCAGUUGCAGUAGGUGUUCUUCUCAAACGUAACCCACUGACUCUUCCUGAACUGACCGAGUUCCAACGAGCGUACUAUGCAUAUAGAGAAUCUAUUGAACGAAGUGAAUCUGCACCAUUUGACUACACAUUUUAUUUCAAAAAGGGAUCCAUGGCAGAACAAAGAUGGCUAGCAGCUCAAGCCAAAGUGACCACGGGAAAAAUAAAAGAUGGUAAACCUCCCAUUCUAGUCCAACCUCAAGACGAUGAGUUGAUCAAGCUUGUUACGGCAAAAAACAUCUCAUCUGCUGAUGCCGAUUUCAAGUCUUUGAAUCGGAUCAUGCAACGAUCUGUAUAUUUAGUUGUCAAACAAGCAAGUGAUGAUGCCUUGUGGAGACUUCCUUCUGGCGAUGUGCUGGGUGAUGAGCUAUUGCACGAGGCUGCGUCGGCGAGAUUGGUUGAUGUUUGUGGUGCUGCCAUGGAUACUUGGUUUGUUGGUAAAACUCCUGUUGGUCACGUCAAAGCCGAUCAUCUUUCUAGUAAAAAGAUUUUUUAUAUGAAGGCACAUAUUAUUUCUGGCAAAAUUAUUCCUUCAUCUACAAUUUCUGAUUUUGCAUGGAUGACCAGUGAUGAACUAGCCAACCAUCUUGAUCCCGCUUAUUAUGCACAAGUUUCUGAUAUGUUUUCAGAUGUAUAA